AUGGCAGUUAAAAAAAUGCCAAGGUUUAACACGAGUGUACUACAUAUUGGAAAGUGGCGGAUCACCGGUAAACACAUUACUACACGAAGCGUUUUCAUUGGUCACACCUCCGACCGCCAUUACAUGAAGAUGAUUGAAACGUUAGAGAGGAAUUUUGAUGCGAACAACUGAAAUAAGAGAUGUAAUAAAUGCCACUAUGGAGUCUUACUUGAUGAUGUUAUAUGUGACACUAGAGCAGGAGUCUGCCCUGAAAAAUUUCUUUGUGGACCAAGGAUGGACAUUCUGCAAGCCAGAUUUAUCAGUGACAACAGACAGACUGGGUCCAUCUGUCACAGAUGUUCAAACAGAUAGUGCCUACUCUGAAUGUAACGCUAGUCUGAGACAAUUAGGGAAAAGAAAGACAAAUCUAAAACAGCAUCUUGCACCAGUUGUAAAACUAGCUAAAGUUAUUCCUGCUUCAGCAUCUACGAAAAACAAUGAGCAAACUUUUUCUAUUGUGCAAACAGACACUGAAGGUACUGAGCAACUUGAUGAACGGAAUGAAGCAGAGUUGCAAGACAUUGGUGAUAUGAAAGGUUUAUCGGAUAUUACAUAUAAUCCAGAUAAACCAAAAGUAAAGGUUGAAACAUUUGAUGUGACUUUGAAUGAUGAUUUUAAUGAUGAUGAUGAUGAUGAAGAUACAGAUGUUGAUUAUAGUUACAAUGAAGCUGAAAUAAAAGGUGAAAUGAAAGCAAAUGUAUCUAAUAUUACUGAAGAUAAUGCAGAAGAUGAAGUCGGUGCUACAGAGGAAGCAGAAGCAACUCAACCCAGAGAACCAAAAAUUGUAAAGGGAGCCAAAUACGGUGUGAGGCAUCACCAUACAUAUACAAAGAGUCAAAUAGAUGCAGCUUUAAAACACUACGCAGAGCAACAAAAAUUAGGGAAGAAGAUCAGCAUGAGGCGCCUGGCCAGGAUGUUUUCCGUUCCCAUGACAACGCUAUUUAACCAUGUUAGGUCUGCAUCUGGGAAGUUGCAGAAGAACAUUAUUUGUGAAGUGUGUGGACAGACAUUCAUAUAUCAGCAUCAGCUGAAGCAACAUGUUGAGCAGCAACACGAGGGUCGUAGGAGUGUGUACACAUGUCAUCUGUGUUCAAAAUCAUUUUUGUUCAGAGCUCGGUUACAACAUCAUAUAAAUAUGCAUAAUGAUGAGACACCAUAUAUGUGUAAAAAUAUGUGCGGAAAGUCGUAUUUUUCGCCGCAGAGUAGGUACUCUCAUGAACUGCAAUGCCAGAGUAAAUAUCCACGUCCAUACCAGUGUACAAAAUGCGGGUUAAGUUUUAAAGUCCAGAGUGCACUGAAUCGACAUAAUGCAGCAAAGCAUGGAGCGCCACAGUAUUCAUGUGAAUGUGGACAAGCGUUUGGAUGGUCACAGUCUUUUAGAAGACAUAGAAAAACUUGUAAAAAGGAAAUAAGGAAGAAAGCUUCAACAGAGAAAGAAAGGGAAGAAACCAAGCUAAAGUGUGUAACUUGUAAACAUUUUGAGAAACAGGCUUUGAUACUUGAUAAAGGACCUGGAAUUCCAGACAAGGAAGCAGAUGAACCAAACGUUUACAUUUGUGAUGUUUGUGGAAAACAAUUUAUUAAUCAGAAUACAUACAAAAAACAUGUACGUUCUCAUGAAUUGGCAACAAAGGCAAAAACUGAACGAGAAAGAAAAUGGAAAUGUAACGAUUGCGAGAAAGUUUUUGGAAGCGAGGGUAAUCUAAGAGAACAUGUUCGUCAAGUGCACUUAAAAAAGCCAGGAGAAUUUAUGUGCCAUUUAUGUCCGAAAUCAUAUACUCGUGCAACACGACUAGAAGGUCAUCUAAAUAGUCAUUACGGUAUAAAACCAUACUCGUGUAAGUCGUGUCGUACACCUUUCCAUGGAAAAUCGACUCUAAUCGAACAUCAGAAAAAAUGUGAAGGUGGUGUGACUGUGAGGUUCAAAUGUCAAUUUUGUCUCGAAUAUUUCGGGUCUCAGACUGAACUGAAACAGCACAGAAUGCAGGAACAUGCUAAUGUGUUUUGUUUCGCCCCAUGUGGUAAAAAGAUAAGAUGGAAAAGUUCGCUUAAAAAACAUACAGCAACUUGUGGUAACUGUAAAGACAUUGGAACUGCAAAUUGUUUGAUUUCCGGAACUUAAUGAUCUGUGUUUUAAAUGAAAUUGGUAUCUUGAUUUGGCAAAACAAGAACAAAAAUCGUCUUUCUGUAGUUUGGCCAUAUUAAGGUUAUACAUCUUUCAACUGUUUGACCAAAUUAAAGCUAUACAGUAUACACAUAUACAGUCAAGGUUAAAGAUAUAUUAUCUAUUUCAAUACAGUUUGAUAUAUGUUGAAAUUAAUUUAUCUGACACUAAUAAAUAUCAAGGCAGUUAAA